GGGCGGCUGAGGGGCUGCGUGUGCCCCGGGCCGGCCGGACAAGCACCGCACCCGCCGGGCUCACAGGGGGCCCCGCCCCGGGCUGUGCCUUGGGAAGGGCAGGAGCGAGGCCACUUGUGGCACGGACGCAAGGCCCCGGCCGGCCCGAGCCGCACGCUGCCACAGAGGGGCCCCGGGCACUCGCCUGCUAAGACCCUUAUAAGCCUCAGCGGGAAAAGGGACCAGCUCCCUAGGAAUACCGAGAGAUAAGGCAAGGGCUGAGCCGCCACGAGGACCGAGGGAGAGCAUCUCUCAGCCACAAGCAGCCCUCCAAGCACAGGACCAAACAGGAGGUGUCGGCUAGAGCCGUGCACCGGGACAAGGACCGUAUCAAUCGCAGAGCCCAGUUUAACACCUCUGUCAUCUGCGGCCAGCAGAGUAAGCCCCUGAGAAGCUGCAGGGGCCAGAAAGAAACACCAGCCAGAGAUAAGCGCUGGGACAAGCCUCCCAUCAGGCACGGGGGGGGGGGCCAGGCAAAAACAUGGAUCAGUCGCCAGGAUUAAACCCUUCCCAGGGUGCUGAUCAGACAUAUGCCUAUGAACGUGGGCAUGGCCCUUAUCAGCCACACGAACCAGGUUAUGGUCUUGAUCAGCCAGAUUACAGCCCAUAUGAUGAUCAGAUACCCGAUCCAAAAGCCCGAAUGCUGGCAAUCCAGAAUGCAAAAGCCUAUUUACUGAAGACCAGCACAACAUCUGGCCUGAACUUAUACGAUCAUCUUGCUAAUGUGCUAACAAAGAUCCUGGAUGAACAGCCCACAAAUACAGUAGACAUAAUUGAGAAUAUCAGCAAGGAUGUGAAGUGGGCUCGAUUUCAGAAAAAAAUGGACACUCUUCGAGAUGAAUAUGAGAUUCCUCCAACAUAUGAAGCUGCAGAAAAGUGUAAAGCUUUGUUCAUCAAGGAAAAUGGAGAAGAAAAUGAAGAAAUAAUAGAAGAAGAGAUAGGACAUUCCCCUCUACCGAAUGUGAUGGAAACAGCCUUUUAUUUUGAACAGGCUGGAAUUGGCUUGAGCAAAGAUGAAUCCUAUUAUAUAUUCCUUGCCCUUAAAAACCUAACUAGCGUUCAGCCAAUCCAAACCUGUCGCUUCUGGGGCAAGAUUUUGGGCCUGGAAAUGAACUAUAUUAUAGCAGAAGCACAAUUACGUGAAGGGGAAGAGGAGGAGGAAGCAGGAGAGGAAGCUACUGAGGAAGAAGUGAAAGGGAUGGAAGAGGUCGAAGAGCAAGAUGAGGAAAAAGAAAAAGAAGAUGAACCACCAAAGUCCACCUAUAAACCCCCACCUGAUAUCCCAAAAGAAGAAAACGGGACUGGGGCUAAUAAAUAUGUCUACUUUGUCUGUAAUGAGCCAGGCAAACCCUGGGUGAAGUUGCCUCCAGUGACACCAGCCCAGAUUGUCUGUGCCAGGAAAAUCAAGAAGUUCUUCACUGGUCGGCUGCAUGCUCCUGUUGUGAGCUUUCCUCCUUUCCCUGGAAACGAGGCCAAUUACCUGCGUGCACAGAUAGCUCGAAUCUCAGCAGGAACCCAUGUCUCUCCCACUGGAUUUUACCAGUUUCCAGAAGAGGAAGAAGAAGAAGAAGGUGGUGACACAUAUGAAGAAAAUCCUGAGUUUGAGCCUCCUCCUGUGGCUGAAAUGGUGGAUUCUCUCUCCACAUGGGCACACCACGUAAAGAAUAUUCUGAAGCAGGGUCGCUGUGUUUGGAUUAAUCCUCAAAAAUUAGAGGAAAAAAAUGAAGAAGAAGAAGAGGAGGAAGAGGAGGAAGAGGAGAUGGAUGAGCAACAGGCAGAAACAGGACCACCCCUUCUUACUCUGCUCUCUGAAGAUGAAGGAAUUAAAGACAUCCCUGCUUGGACAGCUCAGCAUUCUACAAACCUGAUCCCACAACACUCUGUUGCAAUUAUCCAGUCUAACCGGUGGCCUGGAGCAUAUGCCUUUGCAUCUGGCAGGAAAUUUGAGAACAUCUACUUUGGCUGGGGUCACAAAUACAGUCCAGAAAACUACACUCCCAUCCUGCCCCCACCAGUGCAAGAAGAAUAUCCCAGUGGUCCAGCAAUCACGGAGGCAAGAGACCCCACUCUGGAAGAGGAACUGGCUUUCAAGGCUGCACAGGAAGCUUUAGCCGCAGGUGAAGAAGAGGAAGAGGAAGAGGAAGAAGAGGGAGAUGAUUAAAAUGUGUGGGAAAACAUAUUGUUUUAAAACUUUAAACGUGAAUAGUAUUUUGAUAAUGUUGUCAUUAAUUUGUUGACCUUAAAAGAAAUGCAAUUGGAGCAUGCUUUCUUUUUUGAUUUCUGUAGGCUUCUCUUUGCAGCUACCUUCCACUCCUUCUCCACCCCUAAAGCCCUUCAUGAAGACUGUGCAAUGAAUGACUUAGCCUUUUUCUUAGAUGACUGUGCAGUCUGCUUGCUAAGAUAUUGAUUUGAACUAAGAACUAUAAUCCACCAGAUGUUCACAGUUUUUCUAACCCUCACUUCAAUACAUUUUAAAUAAAAAAAAUUAUAAUCACAUAA